GGCUCGACAGCGGGCACCGCGUCAUCUGGCAAGGCAGUGGGCUCCGAGUCAACUGGUAUGACCGCGGGCACUGGGUCAGACAUUGGAUCGUCUGGCUGGACAGCGGGCAUCGGGUCACCAGGCAUCAGGUCAUUUGGCUCAACAGCGGGCACCGCGUCAUCUGGCAAGACAGUGGGCACCAAGUCACCAGGCACGACAGUGGGCUCUGACUCAAUUGGCACGACAGCAGGCACCGGGUCAUCAGUACCGGAUUGUCUGGCUCGACAGCGGGCAUCGGGUCACCAGGCAUCAGGUCAUUUGGCUCGCCAGGGGGCACCGCGUCAUCUGGCAAGGCAGUGGGCACCGAGUCACCAGGUACGACAGCGGGCUCUGAGUCAAUUGGCACGACAGCGGGCACCGGAUCAGGUACCGGAUCAUCUGGAUCAACAGCGGGCAUCGAGUCAACUG